GGUUCUGUGUUUGCGUCCGCCUCUGCCUGCUCCUACAUCAUGUCAUCUGUCGAAGAGACCGCAGAGGAGGACACCGUCCCGUCGAUACUCAUCACCAGCAGCGACCCUGCGUUCAAAGAGGAAGAGCUGAUCAAACAGAUUCUCAGCACGGAGUGUUUGCCAGAGCCCGUAAAGCGGGAGGAGACGGUGACCUGGUAUCCAUGGACACUAAACAACAAGUACUACACUGCGGAUGUGAGGCUGUGCACAGUGCCCAGCCCCUUCCAGAUGACCGCCGAGAUUGCACAGUCAAUGCAGGCUUUCAUUGCGUAUUUUGACAGCACAGCGAAGGAUGGUUUGGAAAAGCUCUCACCUUGGAUAUCAGUCGUGGAAGAUCUCGGUCCAGAGGUACUUAUUCUGGUGUGCGACAGAGUCUGUGAACAGGGUUUGUAUUGCCUCUCAUCACUUUGUGGUUAUUUGUUUAAAUGGCUCAAUGUGAUGCUUAGCGAUGGUUUG